CAGCCCCCACAUAGUUUCUUUAGACGCUUGUAUAAUGUGGUGCCGGAUUAACAUGGAAAAAAUCUCCCUCCGGUACUACUUGUUCAACUUACUUGGCAGAGACCCAGCAAAUCCCGCUCAAAGUAAUCUUGGGGAUAAAAUAAUUCAGUAGAAUGAAGGGACUGCAGUUUGUUUUUCUGAUCUGCAUUCUUUACCCGCCGUUUUUGGAUUACGCUGAAGUUUGAGGAUGAAGGGGGACUAGCCUGACCUCGGCAAUCUGUCAGUGUCCUAACUGUUGCCUCUUCAUUACACAUAAUCCAUUCUUAUGUCAGAGAGAAGAGGGCUCCCACGCCACAACAACCACUCGAAUCAAAAUUUUGUAUCCGGUUCAGCUUCAUGAUCUAGCUCAUCUUGCAGAGAUGAAUAAAAGAACUUGGCGUUAUGUUGCCGGGGGUAAAUUCCAUGUCACAAGUUAUAUUGUCGGCCUAAAGAGGAGAGGACUAAUCAUCUACAUGAAUAUAAUUCUGGUUAAAGCAACUGUUCUGAUUCUUCAGUGUAAUAUCCCGUUGAAAAUCUAAUGUACAUAUAUAUAUAUAUGUGUAUAUAUAUAUAUAUGUAUCAUAAAUGUGUAAGUUUAAACAGGCUCAUGCGUAUAUGGUUUCUACUCUGUAAUGGAAAUGUAAAGAUAUGAAAUGACACUUAAAUCUCGUGUUGACAUGGUAAUGAUGAGCACAACAAAGUCAGCUGCGUGACUAAAUGGCAGAAUGUAAAAAAAAUGAGCAUCCUCAGGCAAUAUCGAAUAAACAGUCCGAAAACUAUACAUCUGCGAGCGGGUAAUGAUUUUGCCUUGUACACUACACUGAGCGAAACCCAAUCACACUGAAUCAAUCGUGGAACUGUCUGGGUGAAAGUGCAGAUAAUGGCAGACAGGAAGAGAAAUCAAUAUUGGGGACUAUUUGUAUAUUUCCCCCCACAGGUCUGUAGGAACAACAAUGGAGCAUCUAUACAACAGUUUAUUGACAUUUGAGACUUUAUCGACUGACUGAAAGGAUAAGAAGUGACCGUGUGUCAUUGUGCCGGUGACACAUGUUAGUUCAAGGACAGACGGAGUUAUCUCCAAGCACCAAGGUCCACACAGCAUAUGGCCACGUCCAUGUCAGAUACAGGGAGGUGUUUUCUGCCUCAUUUUUCCCAAUUAUUCAUUUAUUUGUUUAAAAAAUUCACAAUCUACUUCUCACAAUCAGGCCAAAGUGACUUGGCUGUUUGGAAGAAUUCUGCAUCACACGAAUGUCUGAGUGAGCGAUGGGCGCAGCAGGGCGGUGCUGUGAGCACCGACGAGGGGCAGAUGAUGAUGGUGGUGGUGGUGGAUGUGUCUCAUGGCUUCAGGAAGUUAUUGGAAAUUGUGAAAUGACAUCACCGCCGGUUUUUCUUCAGGGCUUUGUGUGGCGCGUCUCGUGACCACGCCCUCCCGCCGUCGCGCUCAUAAAGCGGCCGCGCUGCGCGUGUGCGCACCAGUUGAGCUCAGGUGCACCGCAGCCUCGGUGCUGGAUGAUGUCCCCUUGCGCAGGGCUUCCUCGUUUGCACAUUGAACACUUGCACGUUUUUAUAUCCUGAUCACUUCCAGACUCAGCGACAAAGAAAGAAAGAAAGAAAUGCCUUUUCCGCCCAUCAGCCUCCCGCAGCGGAUCUCCUCUCCUGGCAGGGAUUUAUUCGGGAAAAAGAAAGCCAACGGAGUGCCUGCUCACACUGAGCUCACCAGCAAACCCGGCGGAGACCGAGGAGGGUCCGAUAAGGAGAAGCAGUCCACUUCCUGGACCUCGGCGAACCUAAGGAAUUUGGGGCGAAAGGCCCCGCAGGACAAGAGUAAAAGCCCGGCUCAGAAGCCAGGCGCCGCUCAGGAGCCUCACGUCAAGUGCUCCUGGCUGACGGUGCCCAAACCUCAGGAGCCGUCCGAAGGAGUCCGGCGCUCCAGCUCCAUGGACUCCGCCAGACUUCUCCACGGCAAGGACGCAGGGAAGAAGGAGAUUCAGUUCUCCCUCAGUCUCACCCCCGAAGCCAUCCUCGUCAUCCAGAAACGCAACCUAGAGAAACAGAUGAUGGCCAAGCAGCAGAAAUGCUGCGCGUCCGCGGACUUCCGGCACCGGCGAGUGUUCCCGUCCAAAAAGGCGCACGCGGGGUCCAAGGGCUGCGCGCCCGUCGCCAAGGCGGAGAGCGCCGAGCAGGACAUCACCGCCAUCGUCAAAAUAUCCCUGUUGAAUGAUCAGUACAAGUACGACGACGUGGAGUACGAAGAAGAGGACGGAGACGUGGACGAGACUGUUGUGAGGAAAUGUAAAGAGUGGCUGAAGGGGGUCGAAAACGCCGCUGCUUUGGGAAAAGUCGAGAAACUUUCUGCGCUCCCGCACCUGAAAGGCUGCUGACACCUGACAUUUCAUCUUUUUUUUCCUCCUCUUUUCUUACUCACAGUGAAGAGGCGAUGGACUCACGACGCAGGCCUGCUGCUGCUGUGGCAUCCUAAAAUACACUUGUGAAUUGGACGUUUGUGAAAGGAGGGGCGGAAGGACAUUAUCCACCUGUCUCCGAAGGAAUGUACUAUUGUCUGAAUUAUUUCCUACAAAGAUGUCACCACCUUAAAAACUUGUGUUUUCAGGAAAGUAGAAAUAAUUGGAAUUAGAGAAGAUUGGGCAAAAUUGAACAAGAAUCCUACAUUAAAUCUUCUUUACAGCCCCUGCUCGCCCUACUGUACUUGUUAUGGUUCACGGGGACGUUGCUUUACGAGUCGGAUGCCUAUUCAAUGUUUUGUUGAAGUUUGAAUUUAAUACCUUAAUAUUCUUGUCCUUUGCACAUGGUUUCUGUGUUCAGUGGGCCGCCUGGAAGAGUGGUUUGCGUAAAGGGGACGCAGAACCGUUCCUUUGUGUUGGGGAACAAUAAGCUGUCAACAACAGGGCUUUAUGCUGCUGAAACCAAACUGGACUGUUUAUUUUUCCUCUUGUUAGAGGGUUUUAUCCUUUUCUGGGGAUUUAUCAGUGAUGUACAGUAUUUAAUAUUUACUAAAUAUUUGUACUGUCAAACGUUUUGUCAGCUGAUGAUUUCAUGCCGAUUUAAGUAAAAAUGCUUCUUUUUUUUUUAAAGUG